CCCUUUCCCCAGAUCUCUUUUUACACUCCAGCAUUUGGAAGAAGCCCUGAUCGUUGCCAAGCUUGGACUUUUCCCCUGAUUGGCGGGCACCAUGUUCUAGAUUGCCCCUGUGCCUGAAUCCACGUUGCACGCGAUGGCCCACUCCAGGUCAAAUGGUUCACACUACGCCUUGACGGCCAUCGGGCUCGGGAUGCUCGUCCUUGGGGUGAUCAUGGCAGUCUGGAACUUGGUCCCGGGCUUUGGGCAAGGCGGGAAGCCCCAUUUGGGAAACAGCAGUAAGAACGAGACCGGUGGAAUCCUGAAAAGCAAGACGUUUUCUGUGGCUUACGUGCUGAUUGGAGCAGGGGUGUUGCUCUUGAUGUUUUCGGUUUGUUUGAGCAUCCGGGACCGAAAGAGGCAAAGCCAAAACCAGUGCGUCCCGAGGAUCCACCAACAAAUAUCAGUGGAGCGUCAACAGCAGGAAGACAGUCAAGAUGAGGACGAGGAAACACCGCCCCGCUAUUAUGUGCCCAGCUACGAAGAGGUCAUGAACACGGACUACCCAGACCUGAGAGAAGUGGACCGGAGCACACGUAUCAGCGUGUCCCUCCCCUCGUACGAGUCUCUAACUGGGAUAGACGGAGAUACACCAACCCGACCCGCCGCUGCAGCUGAAGGAGGUCCCAACGUGGAACGCCAGCCGAGCAGACGGAGUUCCCGCCUGAGCAAAAGACUCCGGCCCUUGAAAGUCCGGAGAAUCAAGUCUGAGAAGCUCCACCUCAAAGACAUCCGUAUAAAUGUGCCGGACGGAAACAGUUCGGGCCGUGUGACGAUAGAGCCUCUGACUCCACCCCCGCACUAUGAAGAGAUUUCUCAGAAAUUUCCAGAGACCAGGGAAGAGACCUAAUUCAGCCUAGUGGACUGGUUUUAAAUGUGUCUAAAACACUAUUGUAUACUUGGUUUCGGAGGGCGGUUUCAUGACUGCCACAGCUUCUCAGAGGAGCUGUCAUGGAGCAUGUCCUUAUUCCCUGAGGAGACCAAGGCCCGUUUCGUGUGGAGGUGGUCAGACUAUAGGGAAUGUAUCACUUCAGGACACUUAGAAUGAAUUUUCCUCUGUAUAAAACUAUUCUCUGCCAUGUAGAAAAGAAACAUCCGGUGGAGUUUCCUAAAGCAGAGUUCCUGAAAAACUACCUUAGCCACACCAAAAUCCAAAUUCUUGGGCACGUCCUGUGAAAUUCGUGCCUUCUCCGCCCUAUCUUUUGAACUGCAUACCAACUCCACACCCCAUGUUACAUCUCAAACAGCUUAUGGGAGCUGUACAUUGUGGCUGAGAGAUGUCAUCUGGCAGGUUUCAGAUCUCGAACUCACUAAUGAGGUGCCCACCCCCACAGUCUGUUUGCAUUAUGAGGAUAAUGGCAACAGCCUGCCUUACAGGGCUGUUGUGAGGAUAACGGUGAUGAUUUAUGUUAAAUGCUUUGAUUGCUGGAAGUGGUAUCCCAAUGCCGCUGUGCAGUUGAGACGUCUCUUUGUAUGCGCAGGAGUAUUUUGUUACAGGGGUCUUCCCCUGAAAUGGUACAACCCAAAUUCACGUUUACUUCCUCAAUGACAACUAGAGCCCCUGGGUGAAUCCGGCCAUAUCCUGUGUAAUUAAAUUCAGGAAGGCACUUAGUGUGUGUGCGUGUGUCGGAUAGAAUCUUAGCUACAAGAAUCUUUUUCUAUCUCUCCAUAUAUUUCUAAGAUAUGACACAUUUUUGUAUGCCUCUUGGGUAAAAAUCUUUUUUUUAAAAAAGAACUAGCACUCCAGAUUUGUCAUGGUUGUCAAAGUAACCUCUUUGCUUUUUUCCCCCUUCUUCUUCACUGGGACAGGGUUACCCACAGUGCUUCACUGUGGUUUGAAGUGGUUUUGAGAACAAAUGUGUAAAAAA